AUGUGGGUGCUGAGAUGGUUCCUGUUCUUGCCUCUGUGCCUCUCUUGUGGCUAUGCUUUCAUGUUUUCUUCACUGAGGGAGAAAGCCAAAGAACCCCAGGGGAAGGUGCCUUGCGGAGGGCACUUCCGGAUUAGACAGAAUCUUCCAGAGCAUGCCCAAGGUUGGCUCGGGAGCAAAUGGCUCUGGCUUUUGUUCGUUAUUGUGCUGUAUAUGAUGCUGAAGUUUCGGGGGGAUAGCGAGAGGAAUAAGGAGCAGAGUGCUACCAGCCUUCGAGGCUGUCAGUUUCGCUCUCCACUAAAGAAAAACCAAAAUGCUUCCCCCAACAAAGAGUAUGCAUUCAAUACCCUAACCCAGCUCGAGAUGGACCUGGUGAAAUUUUUGUCCAGGGUUCGGAAUCUUAAAGACACCAUGGCAACUGGCAGCACCCUCAAGCUGCAAAGCGCAGAGAUGCCUGCAGACCCACACAAUAACAUCACCAUCUACGAGAUCUGGGGAGAAGAGGAGUCUGAGUGAGUGGAUU